AAUCGUUUAACCGAGUCGUUUAGCGACUCAAAUGAUUCAAAUACGUAAUCUCUAACGAAUAGUCAUUUAAAUGUCCCAAAAUUGCGUUAUCCCUUAUCUAGAUGCACAGUAGGUGUGUGUGCCAGUUUCACCCGGAUUGAGAGGGACGAAAAGUCUCUGGCGCUGUUUGUUUUUUUCCCCCCAGGUAGCAGCUAACGGAAGCGGAAAUUAUCCCUGGAUUCGGGGAGUCUCAGCUUCCAGUCGUCCCCGCCAACCAUCCAUCCACUCGUCCAUCCAUCCACCUUCUCAAAGAAUUGUAGGUAAAACACCAGGUACCAUGACCCAGUCAAUGAUUCGUAGAACCCUUAAGAAUCUCGUUCAGAAUUUCUCUGAGGCUGAGGUGAAGGUGAGAGAGGCGACCUCUAAUGACCCCUGGGGGCCGUCCAGCUCACAGAUGGCGGACAUCUCGGAUCUGACCUACAACGUGGUGGCGUGCAACGAAAUUAUGGCAAUGUUGUGGAAGCGCCUAAACGAUGACAAAAACUGGAGACAUGUAUACAAGUCUUUAACACUACUAGAGUAUCUCCUGAAAACCGGUUCUGACCGCAUUCCAAAGCAGAGUCAGGAGAACAUUCAUGUUAUUAAACCUCUAAUAGAGUAUCGCUUCACGGACAAGGACGGGAAAGACCAGGGUGUGAAUGUCAGGGAGAAAGCCAAGAUAGUGAUGCUACUUAUACAAGAUGAGGAGAAACGUAAAGAAGAAAGGGAGUUUGCCAUGAAGACUAAGGACAAACUGGCAACUGCCUCCUCAGAGGCCAGUGACAAAGUAAAGACUGAGAUUCCUCCCUAUACGGGGCUGCCAUCUUUAGACAACAUCCCCUCAGUGGCAGAUUUGACAGCCAGCAUGGAAAAGAAAAGAGAAGAGAAGAGGAUACUAGAGGAAAAGAAGAAAGAGGAAGAGAGACGUGCAAAGGAAGGCGACACAGAGCCUGAUCUGUGGGAACAAGCAGCAACAGCAGCACCUCCUGCCAGCUCCGAUCCCUGGGGAGCUCCAGCUGAUGCUCCAGAAGCCGUAGGUCCUACUAUGAAUGACCCGUGGGGCACAGCAACAAAUGACACCCAAGAUUCAAAUAUGGGUUCCAGUGAUCCUUGGGGUGAGUCGGCGGAUAAAGUGAAAGACACCGCUAAUCCUUCCAACGAUCCAUGGGGUGAUUUACCAGAUGAGAAGAUAUCACCUCCUGCCAAAAAUUGUCCAUGGGGUGACUCAGCAGACCCUACAGAAGACAAAGGUUCAGUUACUAAUGACCCCUGGGGCAUGUCAAAUGACUUGUUAUCAAAUUCACAGCCAACAAAGACAGAUCUUUGGGGUGCAGUUUCUGCAGAGGAGUCUGCUUCUACAGCGUCAGACCCCUGGGAGCCACCAUCAAAGCCACCUAUGGCUAAGUCAGAUCCAUGGGGUGGGGACAAUGGAACUUCAGCUGUGUCAUCCACUGAUCCAUUUAGUGAAGGGCCCAAAACUGACAAGGACCCAUGGGGCACAUUAGCCUCUUCACCACUUCCAACUAAUGAUCCCUGGGGUGCUCCAGCAACUCUCACUGAUGCAUCAGCAAAUGCUGACCCCUUUGGUGAUGGAGGAAACUCGGAUACUUGGGGGGCUCCUGCAGAGAGUGACGUAUCCUUAUCUGUGCCCACUGAAGACUCCAAAAAGCCAUCUAGUUUCUUGGGGGAAGGAGCCUCAUUGGUGGAUCUCGACUCUCUCAUGUCGAGAGGGAAUUAAAUUACCCGAAUGUCUACUUUGGGCCCUUCAGAUUUAUAAAUAAUGUUUUGUGGAUAGAUGUUAUCACUGUAGGUGUAACUGUCCUCUUUUUCCCUUCCGUUUUCAUUUCUCCCAUUUCUCUGCUUUCUGUUUUCGUUUCUUUCUCUCCGCUUCCUCCCAUCUUGCCCUUUUUGCUUUGUAUUAAACCAACGUCCAAUGGUUGCACCAUAUCAAAUGGCACCGUUGGGGUGUUUUUCCAUUUUCCAUCCGAAAUGUUGUUUUUUAUUUUAUUUAUUUACCCCGUGACGGUCUUCUUUGAUCUUCUCUUGCAUGCUUAAACCCAUCAGAUCACCUUCUUUAGUUUGCUCCUGCAUAAAAAAGGAUAUACAGAAUGGUACAACCCAGCACUAUGGAUGCCUUAAAGGGGAAAUGCCAGUGUUAUCACCUGGAGAGUUCUCUAGGAGUCUCCACAUAGUUUGGGGGACCAGAACGAUGAAAUCUGUGAGGGGAUAUUUAAUUAUUUUUUUUAUUUUUUAGUUUUCCACUCAUCCAUAGACAUCUAACUUUCACGCAUUACCUUACUUAAUUCCAGCUUAGAGCCAACUGAGUCUGUGUAUAUGUGACAAUAUUUAAAAUCAAUAAGCAGCAAUAUGCUUUACGUGUAGCCUUGUUUUCCCACUGUGGUAGUGUGGAAAUUAUGAAACUUGGUUUACUGUUCUUGGGCUUUCUCAUUUAGUGUUCUUUUAUGGCAUUAGUGACAUAUCUGACAAGUACAGUUGCAAGUUUUAGCAUAAAUAUUGGUUUGUUUGUUUUUAUUUAUAUGGAUAAAUUUUUAUAAUUUAAUCUGGUGAGACUUUGGCUCAUUGAAAGCUAAAACACCUGAAGCCCUGAUUAACUUUCACUCUAGAGGCAUAGAUUAAAUCUCUCCAUGACCACAGUGGACUUGUGCCAUAGGAGGUUAUCGAUGUAUCAGUAUAUAUCAAUACUCGAUAUAUCAGACAGUAUAUAGAAGGGUAUUCACUAGAGGUCGACUUGGAUUUUACGGAUCAGAUUAUACAGUAUCUGUAAAAUGGGCGGUACCUGCCGAUAACCGAUUAAUCAAUCGAUAGUUUUUAAAAUUGAUACCGAAUGAAAACAUAACAAUCAAAAUAUUGCUGAAGUUUAUUACAAAAAGAAACAGUACUGACUACCAUGAAAAUGUACUGAACUUUUUUUAAAUGAAAUAAAUAUAUAAAUAUUAAUAUAUUAACUAUUAAUACAUAUUAAAGUAAAUAUAAGAUAUUUAUCCAAACUGAACCAAAAAGUAACACUCCAAAUAAAAAUAGAGACACAAAAUCACUUCGAAUAACACAACAAAAUUAGUCAGCGAUUGUUUUUAUUUUGCCUCUAGAGGCCGCUCUUGUACUGUAUAAUGACAGCGGACCCUUCUCAGCCGCUCGGCAAUGGACACAACCGGGAAACACUAUCGAUGUGGGUUUUUGACGAUAACCCAAUAGUUACAGCAAUCCAUGAUCAGUGACGAUUAAUCGGCAAAACCAAUCAAUCAGUCGACAUCUAAUAUGCACAGGGAAUUUUAGUGGAAAAUUCAAUGCUAUAUUUUCAUAGAAAGUUUUCGCUCACCCGCAUGGCCCCAAUGUUCCUCAUCAAGUCCAUCGUGAAAUCGGGAGCUUGUUGUACAAGGUUAACUAAAUGUUUUUCAACAUCUAUGUGACAUUCUAUAUCCAAAAUAGGACGCAACAAAAAAAAAUAUACUCUGAAGACAGUGUCAAAGUUUCAGAGAUGCUUCUACAUGGCACAGAAAGUAAGAGUACGAAAGCAGUUGAAACACUUCAUCUGUUUUCAGGAAGGUUAAGUUAGAAGAAUUUACUGUUUCUAAGCAGUUGUGUAUUUAUAUACAUGUAUAUUCUAGUCUGAUUUUGGAAACUCAAAUAUUUAUGGAAAAUCAAAGAGUUACAGAAUUCAUUACCUGUCUAUAUAGGAAUUCUUUCUUAAUAACUGCCCUUUUACAACAUAACAAAAUAAUCUGGAUUUUUUUUUCUCCCUUUAAUCCUUGCCAGAGCCACGCUAAACCAUCGUCAUAUGUUUUAGAGUCAACUGUAAAUUGUAAGCCACACAGUUUUGACAACACGUUUAUACUGUUGAACUGGUAUUAAAAAGAAAGUUGAGUUGACGUUCUCAAAACUUGACGCAAGAUUCCUGCAGUAUUGAUUUCUCCUAUGUAAACGUCUCACUGUUGACAGCUGAUGCCAUGCUAAAGCUGUUUGCUUUUCACCCUUCACCCAGGCUGGUAGCCUCACUACUUUAUAUAUCAAGUGCUUUAUAAUCAGUUAAACUGUUUUGAUAGAGCUGUAUAGUAACACUGAUCAACGCAAUUUUUAUUUCUUAAUCUGCCCAAUAAGCAUUUUAAUCCAAGAGAUUAUAUAUCUGUCUGUUCUUGUCUAUUAGGGAGAAACCAAACAAAUGAAACCAAAUUGUUUGAGAACACAUUUGUCAGACCAUUUCCUGUUUUGCUUUUUCAGUUAGCUAUUUUUCAAAUGCAGGAGAUGUGACCUCAGCGAAGGAUUUAGCUUAAUUUUCCAUUAAUUUAUCAAGAUGUCACCUGUUUUUGUAACACAGGGUGCCUUAUAUCCUGUGUAGGUUAUUAUGUUAACCAAAGUACAACUUACUGUCGACUGUAUGGCAGGUGUUUGGUAUAACUAUUGAGUUAAUACACCUAGUAAAGUAGUCAAUCUUUAAACCUGCACAUUCUGCAUUGUGCUGUCUGAAUGAGCAACUCAUUCAUUUUCAAAUUUCAAAUUAGCAUUGAAUGACGUAUUCAAAUGUAAAAAAAAAAAAAAAAUCCAUAUUUUGUCAUUGAGACAAGACAUUAUCUUUAUUUAUUUAUUUAUUUAUUUAUUUAUUUAUUUAUUAUGCUUUUGUAUCUUAUUAAUGCUGGACAUGCAGUAUAAUUUCAUUUCGCUAUUAUGAAAGGAAAUCGGAAUGAGUGCUGUGCUGUGAACAUAAGUUGUAUUUUGGAUGGUGAAUGAAUCUGUUUAUUCUGUUGUGAGUGUUGUUAUCUUGUGAAUGUGUACCCUGGACGAAUAAAAUAAAGAAAGUUAUGGAUUCAGAUCUAAAUCUUUCCACUCUGUAUUGUUUGUGUAGUUUCUAUCUACAGGGCCAUGCACAUGUAUUCACACCCUCUAUGUAAGGAACUGUAUGUGCUGUGUUCUUCUGAGAUGUAAUAACGUCAUCCCAGUGUUUAUGAUGGAAUAAAAUGGUUGCACUACGAUCUCAA